CAGAAACUGCGCUGGUGAAAGCUCCUGCCGAUCAGCUUGACGGCCAUGUCUCUUUGCUGUGGGACUUCAGAUCACUAGAUGCUCAUGAAAGGCGAAGAUGAAGCAGAGGCAACGGGGGUGGCCGUUGUUCAGUUGCCGCUUCCUAAAGGCAUCCUGCUGUUGACCUUCAGUGACUGGAGCGUUUGGCUUCAAACUUGUUUGAGCCUCACUGCAGUGAUCUACGUGUGGCUUCUGCCAUGGUUGCAGACCACAGCUUGGGCGCAUACAUGCCAACCAGAGACCGUGGAAGGUGAAGUCUGGGAAUAUCCGCACUGUGCGUAUUUGAUCGACUGGAGUUGGGUCCGGAAGAUCUUGGAGUUCCUGCAUUUCAACAAUUGGUUUGAAGCAGGUGCUAGUGUCUCAGAUUACAUCGCCAAUGCUCAAGCCACAGGUGGCAUGGCAGCAUGCGAGUUUUGGCCUUGCAUGUUUUUGUACCUCCCAAAUCGCUGGGUGGAUAGCCCGGGCGCCUACAUCUCCUUGAUCAUCUUCCAGGUCUUCUUUGGUUUGUUUCUGAUGAAUCCUGUGACCUCUGGCCUUUGCAUGCACACGUUGGUGGUCGGGAUCUUUUGCAAUGCCGGCUUGGCUCACACGUUCAUCAUGGGGUUUCACUUGGAUCGCCUGCCAAGCUGGAGAGCUCGUGCUUGCAAAAUCUUCCGGGUGGGUGCCAUCCUGGGCUUUGCCGGGGUGAUUUUCACGGGAAUGGUCUGCCUCAUCAGCAGUUGGAUUGGAGCCAAUGCGCCCUUCUUCUUCUGGUUCUGUGAAUCCCUGGGGCUUAGUUCCAUGUCGCUGUUUGUAAUUUGUUUUAGGUAUGAAGAUGUGAGCCAGCUGCCUCACUGAUAGCAUCAAAGAAUGAUCCUGUCGGAGGCACUGCAGAAAA